AGACACACACAACCUUAAAAAAUGGAAGAAACAAUAGUAAUGUUUCCAGCAGCAGGCAUAGGGCACAUCGUAGGCAUGGUUGAACUUGCCAAGCUCAUCCAACCGCCCCGUUUCUCCAUCACAGUCCUCCUCACCACCGGCUUCUACGACCACCCCUCCAUCGACGACUACAUCCGCCGAAUCUCCGCCCUCCACUCCUCCAUCUCCUUCCUCCGCCUCCCUCCCACCACCCCCGCCACCUUUACAACCGCUGUUAGCUUCGGCGCCAAAGGCUUCAGCUUCCUCAAAAGAAACGCCCCCCACGUAGCCACCACCCUCACUCAAAUCUCCAAAACCGCCAUCGUCAAAGCCUUUGUAAUCGACCUCUUCUGCGCCCCCACCAUGGAAUCAGCCUCUUCAAUGGGAAUCCCAGUGUACUUCUUCUUCACUUCCGGCGCCGCAAUUCUCGCUCUAUAUUCCUACUUUCCGAAACUCCACCAAGAGUGCAGCGUGUCGUUUAAGGAUAUGGUCGGGGUGGAACUGCGAGUGCCGGGAAACGCGCCGCUGAAGGCGGUGGAACUGCCGCAACCCAUCUUGGACAGGGACGACCUUGCGUACUGGGACAUGCUGGACUUUUGCACGCUCCUACCGAAGGCGCGUGGGAUUAUAGUUAACUCGUUUGAAGAGCUUGAGCCUGCGGCAGUUAACGCCGUCGCGCAGGGCUCGUGUUUCCCAGACGCAACCCAUGCGCCUCGUCUUUACUACAUCGGACCACUCAUCGCGGAGCCCCAACAAUCAGAUGCAGAAGGAAGUGAUAGCAAGGAAUGUCUGCAAUGGCUGGAGGAACAACCGAGCAGAAGCGUGGUGUUUCUGUGUUUUGGAAGCAGAGGAUCGUUCUCGGUGUCACAGUUGAAAGAGAUAGCGAAAGGGUUAGAGAAGAGUGGGAAGAGAUUCUUAUGGGUAGUGAAGAGGCCAUUAGAAGAGGAGGGAGCAAAGCAUGAUGAGGACGCAGCAAAACGGGGAGAUCAGUUCGACUUGAAUCCAGUGUUGCCAGACGGGUUUCUGGAGAGGACCAAGGAUCGAGGCAUGGUGGUCAAGGCCUGGGCACCGCAAGUGGAGGUGCUGAGUCGUGAAUCGGUGGGGGGGUUUGUGAGUCACUGCGGGUGGAACUCGGUGUUGGAAGGGGUGGUGGCGGGGGUGCCGAUGGUUGCAUGGCCACUGUACGCAGAGCAGCACGUGAACAGGGAGGUGAUGGUGGGAGAGAUGAAGGUGGCUGUUGGCGUGAAUCAGAGGGUAGAAGAUGGGUUUGUGAGUGCAGAGGAAGUAGAGAAGAGAGUGAGGGAAGUGAUGGAGACAAAAGAGAUCAGAGAGAGAAGCUUCAAGCUCAAACAAAUGGCUAUGGCUGCUGUUGCACAAUUUGGAUCUUCCACGACGGCACUUGCAAACUUACUCCAUUCGUGGAUUUCAUUCACUUCAUAGUAGUGUUGUAGACUAUGAAGAAGAUGAUGGGUGUGGAAAGAAUGUGCCUAAGAAAAUGCUAGAUUAUGUGUUUUUAACUCUUUGAAUAACUAGCUUUUGUUCUUUUAAUAAAACAUAUUUAUAAUUAAAA